AUGGACAAUUACUCCUACUCGUCUUACCCUGAUUCGGGAAAUUCCUCUCCUCGGUCCCGCGAAAUCGAGUGCGAAACCCCGUCAUGGGAUGAGCCGUCAACGCCUGCUUCUGUGCACUACAAAGUGAAAUUUAUGUGCAGCUACGGCGGCAAAAUCCAGCCCAGGCCCUACGACAACCAGCUCGCCUAUGUUGGUGGCGAGACCAAGAUCCUAGCCGUCGAUCGUACCGUUAAAUUCUCUACAAUCAAAUCCAAGCUCUCCUCCCUGAUACCUGACGCCGAUGCUGUUUGCUUCAAGUAUCAGCUCCCUGGUGAAGAUCUAGACGCUUUGAUCUCAGUCACCAACGAUGAGGAUCUCGAGCACAUGAUGCUGGAAUACGACCGCUUGUACCGGGCAUCCGCUAAGCCCGCCAGGCUAAGGUUAUUUCUCUUUAAUGUAAACAAUUCUGUUCUCACACCAGCUACGGAUCCGACGAGCUUCGGCUCUGCGAACCUCCAGCAACAGCAGCAGACCAAAUCGGAGCGGCAGUGGUUCGUUGACGCUUUGAAUUCCGUGCAGAUCGACGGUUCCUCACCCCCGGCGAAUCCUGAUUUUCUGUCUGGAUUGGACAAGGGGUUGCUCCCUGCGACGAAGUUGCAGGAUUCGGCUCCUGUGCCGACGGUUCCUGACGCGCUGACGAAGGAUGUAUCGGCCGGAUCGGACUGUGGAUCGGAGGACCGACAUCAGAUUGGAGAACCGGCGGUGUCUCCGACGGCGAUCCAAAGGCAAUUCCAAGACCUGCAGAGGUUGCAUAUUGCUGCCAACUACGAGCAAAACAUAUUUCAAAUUAAAAGCGACGAGGGAAACCCUAGGGCCUACGCUACAGAGUACUACCCACAGAAAGCCCCGGAAAAAAUGGUACCCGCAGCGACGGCGCUUCCGGUUCCCGUACAAGUCCCGAUUUCGGCUACAUACAUGCCGGAAAGGCACAUGACCACCGGAGGCUAUCAUCCUGUAGUAGCCUCUGGGGCGGACCAUCAUCAGCCAGUAUAUCUGAUUCCCACGCCAACCGGAGUAUACCAGGCCGUACGACCGGUUGGUCACGCAUACUACGGGGUUCAGAGAGUAGUAUCGGAGGCGUACCGGGAACAACCAGUAUACAAUGCGGCAACUCAACAGCAGCCGAUGACGGUUGGGGGGGCUUAUGGUGCGGAAGGAAGUAUUCAAGUGGUGCAGCAACAGCAGCAGCAAGCGGAGACUGGGUACGCGCAAGUAGGGUUUGAUAGUGCGGGAAGGCAGGUGUACUACACAACGCAGGGAGGAGUGCUACCAAGCUAUCAGACUGUGGUGGUGGAUGCAAGACAAGGUGGCGGUGGUGCCGUUUUGAAUCAAGAGGGUAAGGUUGUUGCCAAGACCUCUGCCGCGUGAAUUCUUCAAGUUGGUUCCCAAAUAUUACCUAUAUCUACUAUUAUUUUCUAUUUCAUUACGACAUUGCCGCAGAGUAAAUAAAACGGCGAAGGGAACUUUAUAGGUUGUGUGUGGAAUGUUUUUUAAUUUGGUUUUGGGAAGGCCAUUUUGGUGGUGUAACUGUGUUGGUUUGUGUGAUGCUAUCUGUGUUUUUUUAUUAAUUGUAAAUGAAAGACAUUGAUUGUUUAAAAGAGCGAAGAUUGUGUUGGUUUCAUCAA